UCAUUCUGGAUUUGUACUCCCUAAAUCAGCAGUUUCAGUUGAAGAUCGAUCUUAUCACACAAUUUUUUAUAUAUUUUGUAUAUUUCAAAAUAAAAAUAAAUUAUCACGCGAGCUCCGAAAAAUGUUUCUAACUGAGACCUUGACAGAUAGUGUGUGCAUAUUUUGCCUAGACGAACAGCGACGGCCACACCGGAUACCCUGCGGACACUCAUUCUGCACGGAAUGCUUCGAGCGCUACUUGCAGGUGGGACUUGACACUCGCUGCCCCUUGUGCCGGCAGGACUUUCGACCCCAUGCAGGAGGAGAGCCUCCCGAUAGUGCGCCCAACAUUGGGCAAUACACAGUGGACGAGGACGACUUGGCCAUGGACCUGACUGAAGACUUUGGAUCCCUUUCCAGCACUGACACUCUGCAGACAGACACUCUGUGGCUGACCCUCACAGAGCAGGAGUGCCGCUUCUUCGACGAGCUCUACAGGGAGGUGCAACUGGAGGACGAGCAACGACUAUAAUACAUAGAUCUCUGAAAUUACUCUGUUACCGAACAGUCUGGUGCUCGAACGGAGCUUCUUAAUGGACCUAUUUAGGGUGGCGCAGCCAAAGUACUGGAACCGGAACUGGACCUCUCCAAGAAGAAGCCGGAGGAAGGUGUGCUCCUGGUAGAACUGUGAUAUAUGUUAUUCUUUUUUUCGUUAGUAUUUAAGUAAUUUAUUAAUUGCCAUUAAAUAGCGUUUUAGAUAUUCUAUGAAACUUUAU